AAGAAGAAGCAACAAAUAUUUCAAAAAAAUCAGCCAUUAAAUACCAAAGAUCACAAUAAUGCAAAAAAAUUAGAAAAGGCAAGAAUACAAAUGGAAUCAUUACAAAAUCAAAUCUUUUCUUCUAAUGUAAAUGAAAAUCAUAAUACUGGCUUGGUUCAAUUACAUAUACAAAUCAGAAUUCAGGAAAUGAAUUUUUGGAAUCAAUAUCUAAUACUAUUGAAAAAGAAAUGGAAGGAAUUAUCUGAUGUUAUAGCAUUUGGAAUAAUGAUUGACGAAAGUACAGAUAUUACUAUUACAAAACAUUUAGAUAUAUGUGUUUUAUAUGUAAGUAAAGAAGAAAUUUUGAAAAUGCAAUUUUUAUGUCUCGUAUCUUUAACUAGUUCAUUUACUUCUGAUAGUGCUUCAGUUAUGUUGGGAAAAAUGAAGGUUUAG